GGCUUCUUCUGCUCCCUCAGGGAAAGAGGCAAAGGACAACUUUUCAGCUGCUUUGAACCCCACGUCAAAAGAUCUUACCAGAGGCAUAAUUUAAUGCAAAUGUAGUCCUUUCUGCUGCUGGUGUCUUAGCUGAGGUUGCUUUUUCAUUGCAAAGUAAUACUGAUUUCUUUUAUAGCUGUAAAUGCAAUAGAACAGUAAUGAGCGCUGUAAAUAGGUUCUCAGCUAUCUGAUGGUAUUCCUUCUCACCUUUAUGCUCUUUACAUGGAAAUCUAUGGAGAAUACACAAGAGAUUUUAGUGGUGCUGUGAUGGGCAAUUAGUUACCCCUAACUGGGCCCCUUCAUUCAUUUCUGCUUAGGUCCUUACAAAUCCUUGAACCGGCCCUGCAUGGAUGGAGAAUAAAUGUAUAAAAGUAUUCUUUUUUUCCGAUGGAAAUUACACAAAAGGUACGUGUAUGUCCACCUUACUAACUUGCAGCCUCUUUGGUCCAGUCAGAGUGACUAUCUGGGAAGAGGAACCUUCGUUACGAACGUGUUUCUACGGGGAAUCAUUUGAGAAGCAGCAAGAUCUUUAGUCAUAACAUUUCUUCCCUAACAGCUGAAGUUACGCAACACGUCAGGUUGAACGGAACACGGGAUGGCCAUCGCUGUAGGACAUUAGAUGUUUUAGCUCCCAGCGUAAAGCUGUUAUAAAGCCUGGACAAACGUAAAGAGAUCAAAGGCGCCGCCGUCGCUGGGCAGUGGUUACCACGGUUACAAGCGAUCAGCCGGCCGGCUGCGAUGACUUUGACAGCUGAAACCGGAAGGACAGCUCAGCAUGGCACCAACAACGCAGGAAUACGUUGAGAGUUCACUCGGAGCUUGUAUCAUUCCUGUCUUAUAAAGCAGCGCCGGUGAAGUGUAACGAUGGCUCUUCUGUGUAGCAACUUUUUAAGAAACUCCUGCAGUUUUUAUUUUAAUUUAAAUCUGACUCGAAACUUCCGGCUCUGUAAACGAGCCGGUUUUCCUCUGAAGAAGGACGCGUUCCCAGUAUGUCCUCAUGUCAAUUUAAAAAAAAUCUCUGAUAAUUCGAGAGUGUGUGCAAUUAGACGGUCUUUUUUACCAUGUGGCAACGUACGGACAGCGUGUUCCCGGACGGCGUGUUCCCGGACGGCUUCCGUCCAAACUCAGCGGGGCCGCCACUUCCACACCUCAACCCCCAUGAGAGCACUUCCUGCGCCCCUCCUGUGGUUGAUCCUCAAACCUCUGCAAAAGCUUCUGGCUAUACUGCUGGGCAGGAGUAUAAGGAAGUGGUGGGUGGCUCUGCCAGACACCCGCCGACAGCUCGUGCACCAAUGGAUCCGGAGGCGUCGCUGGCAUCUGGCGGCGGGGGCAGGAGUUACUUUGGUAAUUGUGGCCCUUCUGCUCCUAACACACCUGGAUGAGUCCCCGGUGACAGGGCGGGUCCGCCUCCUGGUGUUCAGCAGGGAGAAGUACAUGGAGCUGGCAGCUCUGACUUCAGAGACGCACCUGGAGCAGUUUGCAGAGCAGCUGCUUCCCGUCAGCGACCCUCUCCACCAGAUGGUGGAGCAGUCGGUGCAGCUCCUAGCACAAAGGAACAAGGACAUCCCUGAAGUGUCCGAGGUCCAGUGGAGUGUGCAUGUGGUGGAAGGUCCCCAAAUCAAUGCCUUUGUCCUUCCUAAUGGGAAAGUGUUUGUGUUCACUGGGAUGCUGGGGGCUGUGGCAGAUGUGGACCAGCUCCUGAUUGUCCUCGGACAUGAAAUGGCUCACGCUAUACUGGACCACGCAGCAGAACAGGCCAGCCUGUCUCACGUGGUGGACCUCCUGUCUCUUGUUCUGGUGACAGCCAUCUGGGCAUUGUGUCCUGGAGACAGCUUGGCAGUGUUGGGAGGGUGGGCGAAGGACAAGCUCACAGAGCUGAUGUUCAACCAUCCCUACAGUCGGAAGCUGGAGGCCGAGGCAGAUCACGUUGGAAUGCAUUUAGCUGCCAAGGCCUGUGCGGACGUGCGAGCAGGCCCCGUGUUCUGGCAGCAGCUGGAAAUUGUGGACAAGCUUACAGGGAAUCCCACUUUGCCCGAGUGGCUGUCUACGCACCCCUCGCACAGGAACAGGUCCAGUCAGAUGGACCGCCUCGUACCACAGGCUCUGGAGCUGAGGGAAACGUGCGGAUGCCCCGCACUUCCACCCGCUGACCCCAGAGCUGUCUUCUCGCAGACCGUCCACAUGAUGCUGGAAAAAGCCAAGGCGCAGGGGGUCGGAGGGCUAGACGCGACCCACGAGUCAAAACCCGCUUCCGACCCUGCAGGCCUGCCAGCUUCUGGAGCCGUGCUCGCUUCUCCUUUAAAAGCGGAGCGGGUAAACAAAGGCAGGGUCCCUGCUGUCACGUCUCCUCUGCCUACCGCUGCAGGGGAAGGAUCCCAGCAUGCGCUGCAGAACACCAGCCAGCAGGGGAGUUAAAUCCUAACAAACCUUCAACAAACUUCGCCGACUCUAUUGGCAAACCUAAUAGAGCUUAAAGCCGCUUGCUUCUUUUCUGUAUCUGUACGGAGCCACUUAAAGUGGUCCCAAAGUGCCCAGCACAUUGAGAUCCCAACCACGGUAGCGCAGGCCACAAUGGAAGAGGAUGCUUGAGAAAGUUCUCUAAAAAAAAAAAAAAACAGGUGGCUGGGAGUAUGAUAAAUAAAAAAUUGGGGCAAAAAGUCAGCAAAAGCCGAUUGAGAAUGCUGUCCGUGUCCGGUGUCCACAAAGAUGCCACUUUAAUUAGCUAACCUUGACCAGGGAAAUGCUGCAUUAAUUAGCAAAGCUCCCAUACUUUGUGAGAUUAAUAUGUGCAUUAUUCAUCAACGCACGGCAACAGCCGGGAAGAAGCACUUAGGUGUGCAUGUGUGAUGCCGCGUCCAGAGCGAGGUGAGGGCGUCUGCGUUUCUCGCUGCGACUGCGGCAUUGUCAUGCAACACACACUUUAUGCACUUUACGCCUUUUCUAGCCUGGGGGAUUAAAUCGGGUAAAUUGACGCUGGGCUGUUUUCGGUCGCGGCUCUUCUGCAUGGGAAUACCGACGUCGAGGCGUCGGGCUUUGAGAGAAAAACAAAAAAAAAAAGAAAACACAACAAAAUUUCAUGGGAUUUUGAAAAGCUCUUAUUUAACAAGGCGAGCGGAGUGAGAAAACAUUGAUAUUUGCAGCAACGGCCUUGGGGGAGCAGUCACGCACCGAGCAGGGGAGGGCAGUUAUGGUUCAAAGCUAAUGGUGUUCUUUUAUGUGCGGGUGUGUGCUGAAAUUAAAUGGUACACUUGGAUACACCAUGAAAUCAAACUCUACAACUGUGUUAUCAUCGCUGAAAAUUACUUUAUUUAUGUUAUGCUUUUUUUUUUUUUUUUUUUUUUUUAGCUGCAGAUUCAGCUACCAAAAUAACCUGCAGACUUUUCCAGGUAGCUUUGAGCCUCGUUUGAGUUUAGCAGAGAAGGGUCUCUAUAAGAAUCUACGUCUAUGCUGGAUUAUGCGAUUUGUGAUUGCUUUCAUUCAAUGCAAUAAAUUAAACGAAGAGGCGAUGGACAAAUACGUUGUUGUUUUUUUUCUCUUUCUUUCAGCAAUUCAGGAGAAACAUAUCCUGUCAGCACUUUUUGUGUAAACUGAAGUUGCGCUUUGUGCAAUUUUAUCCUGUCUGUUUUUAUUCCUCCACAAGAUCCGACAUGGAUCAAAGCCUUACGUUUGCAGCAACAAAUAAAAAAAGGAAGAAAAACA